GGCAUCAAGUUGUCAGCAGAUGUCAAACCGUUUGUCCCCAAAUUUGCUGGGCUCAGUGUGGCAUGGUUAGAGUCUUCAGAAGCACCCGUGUUCCCUAGCUGUGCAGCCGCGUACUAUCCUUGUGUUCAGGAGCUACCUGUGCCUGAGCAGACACUCUAUCCUGAAGAUAUGGCCUUUGGAGCUUCAACAUUUCCUCCUCAGUAUUUAUCUUCCGAGUUGGCUCUUCACCCAUACACCCCUUCUCCUUACACCCUGGAGUCUGCACACAGUAUUUGCCCAAUGCCUGGCUCCCAGCAUGAUUACAGCCAACCCAGUCGUUACCGAGGUUUCCAGACGAAGCCACAGUGUGAGCACGUGUGCCCUCUCCCACAAGACACGAAAGCUCUGUUUAAGAAAAAAACAUAUGAUGAGCAAAAGUUUGCCGGUAAAAAGGCUGAUGGAACUGUGUCAUCUGAUAUAAAGUCAGUGAGAAGCUCACAUUGUUUGUCCUUUCGUGCUGACUCUAAUUUGAAAUCAGGUAAAGAUGGUUAUCAUAAACGAACAGACAGAAAAUCCAGAAUCAUUGAAAAGUGUGGACCUGCCUCCAAACCUGAGUUUGAAUUUACCAGGUUGGAUUUUCCUAAACUGCAGGGUGCAGAGGACAGUGAGAUAGUAGAGACACCAAAACAGCCCAAGUGGGGGCCUCCUCGCUCUGCCUCUACAGACACUUCCCUGGGGAGAGAAGUGGUGAAACCUGCUCCAGCGUUAGAGGGUGAAAUAGUGGUGAAAAAUAAUAAGCCGACUGACUCUGUAACUGAUAAUGCUGCUACCAAUUCCUCUCCAUGUACAGGAGAGUUAUCCUGGACGCCAAUGGGUUAUGUUGUCCGUCAGACGUUACCUACAGAGUCAUCAUCAGCCCCUAGAAUUGUUACUUCUGUGAUAAACCUAAAGACGGUUGUUUCAUCAGCAGAUCCUAAAAAUGGUAGCAAAUCAUCUUCUCAAGUUUUAUCUUCGGAUCCGUCCUACAACAGAGAGAAACCCAUUGUCCACUCAACAAAAAAGUGCAAAGCAUCACAAGGUGGUGAUUCUGAGCAAAAUGAAGCCUCAAGAAAGAAUAAGAAAAAGAAAGAAAAGUUUAAAUCAAAAUACGAAAUCCACACAGCGCAAGAGCCACCACGGAUUGAAGAUACUGAAGAGUUUCCCAUUCUGGCAGUUGCAUCUGAAAGAAGAGACAGAGUAGAGUCACGGAAAUGUCAAUCUAAGCAGCAGCCACAGAAUAAUUUUAAAAGUGGAAAGAAGAGCCAAACUCCAGUACAGUUGGAUUUGGGGGGAAUGCUGACAGCACUGGAAAAGAAGCAGCACUCCCAGAAUGCAAAGCAGUCCUCCAAACCAGUGGUGUUUUCAGUCGGGGCAGUUCCUGUUCUCUCCAAAGAGGCCACGUUGGGGAAGAAGGGCCACCGCUUCAGCCAGGUGAAGACCCCGCACAACCCCCUGGACUCCAGCGCUCCCCUGAUGAAGAAGGGGAAGCAGAGGGAGGUCCCCAGAGCCAAGAAGCCGACAUCAUUGAAGAAGAUUAUUUUGAAAGAACGGGAGGAGAGAAAGCAGCAGCGUCUCCAGGAAAAUGCUGUGAGCCCCACUCUGGCCAGUGACGAUGUGCAAGAUGUAGAGAGUGGUGACGACCUGGCUCUGGAGCAGGAGGAGCCCACAGCCCCACAGGUGCUGUGCUGUGACCUGCUUUUCUGUGAUGCUCCGGCGGGAGCAGAAGCACCCAUGUGCUCCUCUCCUGCGGGGGAGAGCCAGUCAGAAGAGCCGCUGGGAGCUGAGAUCCAUAAGGAGGCGGCGACCUGCUCCCUGGCUCCCGAAGGUGCCACCUGCCCCAAGAUCCACAGCCGGAGGUUCAGGGAUUACUGCAGCCAGGUGCUCAGCAAAGAGGUGGAUGCCUGUGUUUCGGAGCUGCUGAAAGAGCUGGUCCGUUUCCAAGACCGUAUGUACCAGAAAGACCCCGUCAAGGCCAAGACCAAACGCCGGCUGGUGCUGGGGCUGCGGGAGGUGCUCAAACACCUGAAGCUCCGGAAGCUGAAGUGCGUCAUCAUCUCUCCCAACUGUGAGAAGAUACAGUCGAAAGGUGGACUGGACGACACCCUGCACACCAUCAUCGCUUACGCCUGUGAGCAGAACAUUCCCUUCGUGUUCGCGCUCAACCGCAAGGCUCUGGGGCGCAGUCUGAACAAAGCUGUUCCUGUCAGCGUGGUGGGCAUCUUCAGCUACGAUGGGGCCCAGGACCAGUUCCACAAGAUGGUUGAGCUGACGAUGGCGGCGCGGGAGGCGUACAAGACGAUGCUCGAGACCACGCGCCAGGAGCCUGCACAGGGCCCCAGCGGCUCCGCGGAAGGCGGCCCCCCAGCUUCUCCCACAACAGAAGAGCCACACUACAUUGAAAUCUGGAGAAAACACCUGGAAGCGUACAGUCAGUGUGCCCUGGAGCUAGAAGAAUCACUAGAGGCUUCAACCUCUCAGAUGAUGAACUUGAAUUUAUAAGAAGGGUUCUUUUGUGGGUUUGUAUUUGGGGUAAGGAGGGGAGGUUUGAACAACUUUGUGGCCCUCUUCUUAGCUUUUCACUGGCCUAAUGUAUUUGUAACGCUGUUUAAUUGGGACAUUGGCAGCGUAGAGGGCGUGGGAAGCAGCCUUUGUGGCACCACGGCUGCAGGCCCUGUGGCGGGCAUUGGGCUUGCUGACGGAGCCUUUCUGGAGGCCCUCGGAGCACUGUGAAUCCGGAAGACCCUGGGGAAGGUGCCGAGCCCUCUGCUGCUCCAGAGCGGAUCACUGAGCCAGGUCAUUCGUCUGUGGAAACGGGAGCAGGGUGGCUGCUGUCCUCCCAGGCACGGUGAGGGCCCGGCCCUGCCCCUGCAGGAAGCCAGUGUCAGAGCAGGAGGCAGGGAGGGUCCUUCUCGGGACGUGGCCUUUCAGUGGGAAGAUCUGGGAGACCUGGAGGGUUUGCUAAAAUGAGCCUCAAGAAUAAUCAGUUUUUUAACCUGUUACCUUUGACAUGAAUUAUUUCUAAUUUUAGUUGUUAUUUUUCAGAGAAACAAUGUAUAUUGAAAUUCCUAAAUUUCAGUUUUGAUAAUCUACAAAUCUUUCUUUUGUAAAUGAACAUGUUCUGAAUGUGGUUUCUGUCUCAGAGGCCAGGAGGCAAAAAGUUUACUUUCCUAUUUUCCUGUAAGUAAGAGGGCUUAUUUAUUUUCAAUAAAGAGUGAUUAUUUAAUUUCCCUG